UUGAGAAACAUGGCGGACUCCACGGGUGCUGCAAAUGCUGUUACCUCAGACUUACAAGGUCCAACUUCGGCUGGUACGAGUAUGGACCUCCCACCGAUCCAGUACAGUAUGAUUCUGGACCACCUUAUCGGGGAGAAGAAGUCCGUAAAGGAUCUGAAUCCUUCCGUAAUGGGAGGACUGCCGAUGCCGAUUAAAAGCGAUGAGCAGAAGAUGAUCGAGAGGGGCAUGGAGAGCUGCGCCUUCAAGUCGGUCCUGGCCUGUGUGGGAGGGUUCGUCCUUGGAGGAGCUUUUGGUGUUUUCACAGCAGGCAUCGAUACCAACGUUGGCUUUGAUCCUAAAGACCCUCUAAAGACCCCGUCAGCACGAGAAGUCCUCAAAGACAUGGGUCAGAGGGGGAUGUCGUAUGCCAAGAACUUUGCCAUCGUGGGCGCCAUGUUCUCCUGCACAGAAUGCAUCAUUGAAUCACAUAGAGGCAAAUCUGACUGGAAGAAUGCAGUGUACAGCGGUUGUGUAACUGGGGGAGCCAUUGGAUUUCGUGCUGGUCUGAAGGCUGGGGUGCUGGGAUGUGGAGGCUUUGCUGCAUUCUCUGCUGCUAUUGAAUAUUAUCUGCGGUGAACCACUGAAGAGUUUGUCUGUGGAUAAGAACUUAAUGGUUGCACAUCUGGAUGAGCUAGUGAAGACUCUGAGAAAUGCAACCUUGUGAAUAUUUGCCUGUACAGAGGAUUACUGUAAAAGCAGGACUGAUGUAUCCAGUGGAAGUGACAAGUUCCUGUUUAUAUACAGUGAUGUUAACUGACACUGAAAAAAACCUGUUUUCCAGUGUCUCGUUACCUUUUAAUCAUAUGAACACUUUGACCAAACAACUUCAUGUGGAGCAGAGUGGAGCUGCUUCUGUGCUGAAGGCGUAGUGAGAUGAAAACACUUAAUCAUGACCACAUCACAUCAGACUCAUAUUAAACACUGUUCUUGUUGUAGGACGUUGGUAUUAAGUGUCAGUAACUAAUCAAUAUCAGGAUUAUUUAUAAUAAAACUUUUUUUUGUUAACUUGCA